UGGACCCACGACUUUACUAAGAACCUAUCUCAGAGUCUUGCCAAGAUUGACGAUGACCCUGUGUUCUCGUUUUGCGCGCUCAGCUGCUGCCCGCCAUGAAGGCAAGGCGCCAAAUGUCAAAUUAAAGGUUUGAUUAGAAUUGCUUAUCUGGUGCGAAACAUGCGUCCGACGGUCUGGCGUUCAAAGCAACUUCUAUUUUUUAGAAAGGCGAAGAUACUGCCGGUCCCUGAUUCAGUUACUGAUUGAACCGAACAUUUCUACUAUAUAACGAUACAGAUGGAACUGGCGAAGUUCGCCACCGUCGUAGCAUCCGCCCCAGGCCUAUUACCAUUUUGCCAUGGCUUCACCAGGUAUCCCGCUGGAUACCGCUACCAUCAUGUCAUCGGUGCUCGAAGGCAUUUUAUACGGCUUUUCAGUUCUCAUGUUCAUAGGGACCAUCUGGAUGAUCACCUACGGCCGUCGCAUACAGAACAUCAAUUGGCCAGCUACUGUAGUUGCCACCUUGAUGUUUUUGCUGAGUACCGCGCAUAUGGUCGUAGGCACCAUUCGUCUUGAAGAUGGACUAGUGAAAUAUCGUGACACGUUCCCAGGCGGUCCAGUGGCGUUCUUUGGAGACACUUCCGACAAAAUUUUUGUGGUCAAGUAUGUGAUAAUCGUUUUACAAACCCUGCUUGGCGACGGGGUGGUGAUUUAUCGAUGCUACCUCAUUUGGCAAUCUGUGUGGAUUGUCAUUGUACCUUGCAUUAUGUGGUGUGGUGUCGCAGCGUUUGGUGUUUUUACGGCCUGCAACUUUUCGCGAGCGUCGAUUGACAUCAAUAUCUUCACCCACAAGACUGGACAUUUGGUCGCGACGUUCAUAACCUUGACACUUGCAACCAAUUUGCUCAGUUCAGGAUUACUAGCAUAUCGCAUCUGGUUUCUCGAACGCAAGGUCUCUGCAAUUCGCACAACGAAGGGUAGAAUGCCUUUAUUACGCGUGCUUGUAGACGCUGCAAUUUUAUACUCUGCGACGCUCUGCUCCUCACUAAUAUGUUUCGCCCUCUCGAACAAUGGUCUAUAUAUUAUGGCAUACUUGAAUGUUCCGAUCAUCUCGAUUGCCUUCUACAUGGUGUUCAUUCGCAUCGCGAGCAAUCAACACAUUCAAGACUCGAUUGUCUUUGGAGCGCCAAGUGAAGUUGAACGAGGAAACUCCCAGCAAUAUCCUAUGCAGCCUUUGCACGGUAUAUACAUCCAGAAUGAUGUAUCCUUCUUGGGUGAUAGCCCAAAAGUACCGAUACAUACACUAGUUUAGUGUGCUUCGCUCCUGCAUAUACAGCUAUCCUCCUUAUUUAUUAUAACAUUCGGACAGUGGUAGCUAGUAACUACUCAGCGCGAGAACAUUAGGAUUGGACUAUAGAAUUUACCUUACAAUUCUGGACUUGUAUUUCA